AUGAGAUGGAAUAAACUCGUGCCCGUGGUGGCUGUUGCCUGUUGGGAUGAUUCCCUUGGCCUUGAGGAAUUGAUGGAGAUGGUCGACUUUGCUGAUUCUGCUGUGGUCGAGGCGGUUGGGUAUGUGAUGCUUGCGAUGUCUGACUUAUUGGUUGAAAUGAUGCUGGAAGUUACAAUCAUGGUGGCUCCUAGCAUAAAAGUUUCUUGCAAGACAGAUGUACUAAGACCUCCAAGUGGUGCCAAAGCCAGAAGAAAUCUACGUUGCUGUGCGAGUACUCAGGUCACAGAGCUGAUGACUGCCCGACGCUCAGCUAAUUACCAUCCAAGCAUUUGGGAUGGCAAUUUCAUCCAGUCGUUAACUAGUGAUUAUAAGGGCAAUACAUGCUUGGAACGAUUAGAGAAGCUAAAGGAAGACGUGAGGCAUACUUUGCAAGAAGCGGUUGGGCUGUUGGAUCAGCUUGAGCUGGUUGAUUGUAUCCAACGUCUUGGAGUGGGUUAUCAUUUUGAUAAGGAAAUCAAGAAAAUUCUAAAAAUGAUUUCGACAGAGCCCAACAAUGCGGGUUUGAUUGAAGGGGAUCUCUAUGCUACAGCUUUAUGCUUUAGGCUGCUUAGGCAACAUGAAUAUGAAGUCCCACAAGGUGUUUUUAAUAGGUUCAUGGAUGAUUCAAGUAGUUUCAAGGCAAGCCUUUGCGAUGAUGUGAAAGGCAUGUUGAGCUUGUAUGAAGCUUCGUACCUUGCUUUAGAAGGCGAAACCACCUUGGAUGAGGCACAGGCUUUCACGUGUAGACAUCUCAAGGGUCUCAAAGGGAAUAUAGACACAAACCUUAAAAGCCUAGUAGAGCAUGCAUUGGAGCUUCCCUUGCAUUGGAGGAUGCUAAGAUUAGAGGCUAGGUGGUACAUUGACACAUAUGAGAGAAUGGAGGAUAUGAAUCCUCUUUUGCUUGAACUGGCUAAGCUGGAUUUCAACGUGAUGCAAACUGUAUACCAUGGAGAACUCAGGAAAAUGUCUAGGUGGUGGAAGGAUCUAGGGCUGGGAUUGAAGUUGGGUUUUGCUAGAGACCGUCUGAUGGAGUGCUUUGUAUGGUCUAUUGGAGUGAAGUUUGAGCCUCAGUUUGAACAAUGCAGGAAAGAUCUUACAAAAUUGGGUCAAUUGAUAACGACUAUUGAUGAUGUUUAUGACGUCUAUGGUUCGUUGGAGGAACUGAAACUAUUUACGAAGGCAGUUGACAGGUGGGACACUAAUGCCAUGGAAGGGCUACCAGAAUACAUGAAGAUUUGCUUUUUAGCCCUCUACAACACUGUGAAUGAAAUUGCUUACGACACGCUGAAGGAACAAGGCUUGGAUGUCAUUCCAUACUUACGAAAAUCGUGGGCCGAUUUAUGUAAAGCAUACUUGGUGGAAGCAAGAUGGUACUAUAGCGGAUAUACACCGACGCUUGAUGAAUAUCUAAACAACGCAUGGAUUUCGAUAUCAGGGCCAGUCAUACUAGUUCAUGCUUAUGUCUCUAUGAAACAAAUGAUAACAAAGGAGGCAUUGGACUGCGUAGGAAGCUAUGAAAACAUCAUGCAAUGGUCAUCAAUGAUUUUUCGACUUAGUGAUGAUUUGGGAACGUCAUCAGAUGAGUUAGAGAGAGGAGAUGUGCCAAAAUCUAUCCAGUGUUACAUGCACAAAAAUAGUGCUUCAGAGGUUGUUGCACGGGAACAGAUAAGAGCUCGAAUUAGUGACAUAUGGAAGAAGAUGAACAAAGAUGUUGCAAUUUCUCCAUUGCCUCAGCCAUUCAAAGAUGCUGCUGUAAAUCUUGUACGGAUGGCCCAAUGUGUGUACCAAUAUGGGGAUGGGUUUGGUGUUCCAGAUCGUGAGAGCAAGGACCAUAUCCUGUCACUUGUGGUGGAACCUAUUCCAUUAAUGGAGAGCUAAUCCCUCUUAAUUAAUUCUUACUUGAGAUUAGUUAUUAUGAGCGCAUUUGUACACCACCCAAUAAGUAACUUUUUACUUAUAUAUGUGAAGUUUACAAGAAA